AUGGCAUCCGAGUCCUUCCGUCUCGAUUCACGGUACCCCCUAAAUACAGGACUCUACUUCCCCCCAAAGGAUGGCUACUAUUGGAAUACUAACAAAUUGGGCGGUCUCGAUCCUAGGCCAGGCAACCCAGGUUACUUUGCCGUUCUUAAACGGGUAGUUUCUGAUGCCAAUAUCCAAAACAGAGCCGAAUUGGCCAAAUAUGUUUUCGAAGGAGAAGAACUAUUUAAAAAAUGCGGAUUUACAAGCAGCAUGAUGAAGGAUGCUCGCAUCAAAGCCGAAGGCCAUUUGAAGUCACGCCAGCAAUGUAUCGAGCAAAAGUGGAAAGAAGCGAUAGGACCCUUGUCAGACAAUGCGGGAAAAUUUGAUGAAUGGAUCAAGGUCUAUGCUGAGAAAACUGCCUAUGGUCAGGCUGCAGCAGCUACCUGGGUUACCAAGAUAGAUGCUUCACUAUCAGAUCUGGAAGAGAGUCUACAGAAUGAGCUACUCAUAGACCGCGAGACAGCCAGAGAAUACUUCAGUAUCCUUGCCAAAGCAGUUGAGAGUCGCAUUAGUGACGUGCUAGCAAGCUAUACAAACGCAUUUGAACAGCUUUACUUGACUGUGGGCAUCAAGGAAGAGGUAGAGGCGUUCAUCAAAUUUGAAAAAGAGCUGUCGAUUAUGCCAAUGGUCGCCGGUGCGCCUAGUUCAGCACCAAAGGGGCUUGGUCGUAACGCCCCUUUUGGAAUGACACCUUGUGCUGACGUUGUUGUUAGCUUCAUUGGGGAUGGCGAACUCUAUGUUGGAAUCAUCGAGCCGAGCGAUGACUCGGGUGUUUCGAAGAUGCUUGGGGGAAAGCGUGAUCCUAAAUACCAUGUUGCAGAUGAUGGCAGCUUAUACGUGACGAGGGAUUUGGCGAAAGACACUGCUUUGAAAGAGUUUAUGGAAGAAACAGGUGCCGAUAAAGUUGAGACACUCACUCUAAACGAGACGCAGCUGGGUCUGCUAGGCAAAUUUGCAGGUGAUUGGGAGACCGUGUUAAACUCGCUGAACUGUCGCAUUACCCAUACCAAGGAAACCAACGAAGUCAAGGUCACUUGGAGCCAAGAAGCCAUGAUAGCAACGGGAGAGGGCAUCAAGAAACUGUUGAAGCCAAUAAGAAUGGAUAUCACUGUACCUGACAACCGCACAACAUUGAAUGCAGGCUAUUCUACAACAGUAUAUCAGGCAAAUAUUAAUACGAAUAACCGCGAUCAGCGCAGACUUUUAACUCUGGUCUUGACACGCCAAGGGAGUGAAGAAGGGCGAUAUUUAUUUCGCUGUGCUACAGAAGUGGAAAUGCAGUCAACGCACAAACAUAUUUUCAAGGAAUGUUUCCUUGAAAAGAAAUGGUCUUCCUAUCUUAGACUUAUCUUGCUCUUGACCUCCAUGAUCACAAAUGUCUGUGCAUAUUUUUGGUCUUUCUUUUAUACCUAG